AUGGACGUUGUUAGUAGGAGUUGUAGUUGCAGAUCCUGGCAGCUCAGGGGCAUUCCUUGUCCUCAUGGUGUUGCUGCCCUUCAUUACAAGGAGUUGGAACCAAUCAAUUAUGUGGCUAGUUGUUAUAGCAAGGAAACCUACUUCAACACAUAUGUCCAUUUUAUUCAGCCAAUGAAUAACAUGAAAAUGUGGCCAACAUCAAAUAAUCCAAUUGUAAAGCCACCAAAGAUCAAGAAGAUGCCUGGAAGACCAAGUAAGGUUAGAAGAAAGGAAGCAAAUGAAAGCAGAAAAACUGAAAAGCUUAGCAAAAGAGGUGUUGUUAUGACUUGUAGCAAAUGUGGUACACAAGGACACAAUAAAAGAGGAUGUCCUACAAGAAACCAAGCUGGUCCAAGUCAAUCAACUGAACCAUCUUCUCAGGCAAGAGGUACUGGUCCAAGUCAGUCAGCUGAACCAUCUUCUCAGACAUAG